GAAGAAUUGAUAAAACAUUAAUACCAAUUUAUCUAAUUUUAGCUGGUUCAGGCACAGGUAAAUCCAGAAUAGCAACAGAACUACUACAACUUGCAAAAGAUUGUGCUGUCAAUCAUUCAGAAUUACAAGAACGAUUGAAAAGUGCAUUAGUUUUUAAUAUUUCUUUUGAGAAUGGCACAGCAUUAGACAUAAAUGAUGAGAAAGAUCCUGAUAUAGGAAUAGGAACUAGGAUGUUAUUUCAACUUUUACCUAAUUGGCAUGGGAAUUGGAAUGUAUUUAAAAAAUCAUACAAAAUUGGAUCAGUUAAAAUAUUAGAGGAUUUAGCAAUAUUUAUUACUGUAGAUGGUAUGCAAGUAGCCAAGACAAGAGAUGCAACCACUCAUCAUCCAAUUGAACAAUACUUGGCUAGUUCUACUCAAAAACAGGAUCAUCCUAUUAUUGAUAUACUAGUUAAUGAUAUGGGUGUGCCUUAG